AUGCCGCCAGCUAUUCUGCCCAUCAUCAUGCCGCCAACUGCCAUGCCGCUGAGGCUGGAGGCCACCACCGUCACCGCCCCCGUCCCCACCGCCCCCAAGGGCGACGGCCCCAGCAAGGCGCGCCCGACGCUGCCGCCCCCGUCGCGGGAGACGAAGACGGCUGCCGGCGCCGGCCCCGGAUCGUCGUGCAAGCACGAGAUCAUGGACCUGCUGGCCGAGUACGACAAGGUCACGUGGGAGCAGCGGCUCGACGACGCCCGCACGCUCCUCGAGGUGCGCCGCCUCAUGCACGAGAGGCUGGUGAGGGAGAGGGGCGGCCGCCGCCAGCCGAGGGUGUUUCGCCCGCCCAGGCAGCGGCGCCGGACUACCUUGUGA